GCGGAUUGGUACAUCGUAUAUCGUUAUUCGGUGGCUUACAGACACGGUUUAUAUCGGAGCUGCUCUAAAUCUUACAUUUGAAUGAGCGGUCUACGUGAUUCUGUGAUGACCGACUCUGCUUCCACCGCCCACUUGAUGAACAAUUUAACGGUAUUACGAAGCUGGAUUUGAUAAUUAGUCAUCAACAUGAUUCUUUCAUCAUCUCAUGAUUUUCUUCUGCCAGCGUUCUACCCGUGUAAAAGGAAUCGUGAAAAGGCUGAAUAAAACCGACCUCGUGACUAUAAUAUGCACGUAGGCGUUUUUGACCUAUUGAUUGCUAAAGACGACAUUGCUUGGAACAAUUUGAGCGCAGUACUGAUAGUUCUUUAGAUCUUAGGGUAGGCAGCAACCUGAAGCCCCAUAAUCUCGGCUUUUCUCAUAGAAUGACAUCAACCUCGAGCCUAUGCACCAUGUGCGGAGACGACGACGACGACAACCAAUAUUACACAGAAGAAGACCCAAUGAACCCGCUCUUCGUGUCCAUAAUCGAAGCCCUCUUCGUGCUCCUAAUCGCUCUGCUCGCAGUCCUUGGCAACAUUGUGAACAUCGUGGUGAUUGGCGGGGCGAAGUCGCUUAAAAGCUGUCAAGGAUAUUUUCUCCUUUCACUCGCCAUCGCUGAUUUAGGGAUGGGGAUCGUUGCUACGAUAGGCAUUGCUCCAGCUACUAUGCACCGGUGGCCGUAUGGGGAUUUUAUGUGUAAACUUUCCUCCUAUGUGACGGAGGUUUGUACAAGAGUAUCGCUCCUAAUGAUCAUCGGUCUCAGUAUCGAACGUUACAUUGCAGUUAUCCACCCUUUUCAGUACAAUCGCUUCGUUACGAAAAACCGAGUUCUCUUUACCAUCAUAAUGACGUGGCUCUUAUGCAUCGCAUUUUUCCUUGUCCUCUUUACAAAAGUCGGACUUGGAUACGAAUAUGAUCUUGAUAAACUGGCUUGUUCUGCGGCCUAUGAAGACACGAUGGAAUACUAUAUUGCCGCUUUAGUGAUUCUCCUGGUACCAAGUUUCGUGGUGAUCACGUUCACGUCGAUCAGUGUCCACGUGCGUGUCCUUCAGAGCUCUAGAAGACGAGAGAUACUCUUUGGACGAUCUGGUUCGGCAGGCCCGCGCAACGGCGAACGACUUCCGCUGCAUUUCCGAAGAAACAUGAAAGCUUUUAAAAUGCUUGUAAUAAUAGCGGGAGUGUACUACAUAACGUGGUUGCCGUACACUAUAUUAUCAGGUCUUUUCCUUACCCAUGCAGUCCGCUAUGAGACCCUACCGAGUUUUGUUGAAUUCCUCACGUUCUGGCUUACGGUUUCAAAUAGUGGUUUUAAUGUAUUUGUCUACUUCGUCAUGAACAAGAAGUUCCGCAACAAAGCCAAAGACAUCUUCCAAAGGAUACGAACCACAUUCUUACUAUGCUGCUGCAUGCGCUUUUGCGAAGUUGUCGAAAUGAGCCGAAAGAACAGGGAGUAUCAACACUCGUCCUUGAGAGGUUCCGUAGACGGUAGGUAUUUCCUGGGAAUCAGGAAAUCCAAUGGAGAAGUCGUGCCGACCACCCUCCGCAUCAAGUCGGGGAGGUUCAGUGAUGGCACGAUGAGCGCUGUAGGUGUGAUACCUACAGAUCAGCACAUCUUCAGUCUAAGGUCACUCAAGAAGAUGAGGAGUGAACCCUUUAGGAAAAAAUCAGUCGCCAUGCCAACGAUGUCUCUGAAAAUGGAAAUGCGCAAAGAAGGCGGCCAACCUGAUUUCUUUCCUACCGAAGUCAUAGAGACAGUAACGGAAGUUUGAUUUGGCAUGGUUGAUAGUUUUAGACGUGGCCUGUGGUUUUACUGACUUUAGAGAUCAUUUCCUAUGUCUGUGAUUGAUAAUCUUCAUCACACCAAACUUAUUUCAAAUUCUCUUCCAUGAUCAUUGUAAAAUCUUCGAAACGAGUUAAAGGACUGCAUGAAUAAUUCCAUAAUACAGACAAACAUGUACAUUAUGUGUAAGGUCUCGAGAAAUAUGAAUAUUGUGAUACGAUCACCUUUUGGAUAUUAGACUUUUGCAGUCGUUAUUGUGUAAUGUAAAGAAUUGGAGUUAUCUAAAGAACAGCAAAUACAAAAAGAGGAAAUCAUGAGGUAAUUUAUAUCACGGCAGGAAUGUUUAGAUUUGUUGAUGUUUUUUUCCCUCUAAUUUGCCCACUUUAGAAUGAUAAGGGCCUUAGUGUAACUUAGAACCGUUGCCAGCUAUCUGCAAUCCCGGUGAAACAAUAAAUGAAUUUGGGUGGUUAUGGGCUUAAAGCCCUAAAGUGUUGGGAGCCCCGAAUUCGCCAAAAAUUGGAUGGAAAAAUUUCGAUUAAAUUUAAGUCACACUUCAGCAAAGAUUUCCCCCCAAAAUGCGUUUGAAGACAAAUAUUGAUGAAAGAAUAC